CGCCUACGCUCUCGUCGGUGCCGGCUGGCCGGGUGUCACGUUCGCUCGCCGUGUGCUCUUGCCAUAUUUCGAAUCCGUGUCAGUUUCGCGCCGGACGUUUCGAGCGGUGUUUCGACGCGCGCGUUCAACGAUUAAGUUGCGGCUCGCGCGCAAAAUCCGCGAACGACGAUGCGCCUGCGAUAAUUCCUGGAAAAUCGAUUCCCGCCCCGUUCCGGAGAUCUCAUCACCCGUUAUUGUUCUAUCCUGAUAUUGCUCCUCUCGUGUCUCCAAAAGGAGAGCAGCUGAGCACGAGACCAUUGACGUGUGUGCAAAAAAAAUAUCAAAAUGUCCGAGUACUGCGAAUAUAUGUGGUGUGAUCCCGCACGUGGUCACAAUAGCGUCGCCUUGGCACGUAGCAUUUACGAGGAGGGGGGCAGGUUCGAUAAGCGUGACAAGAAGCUAGCCAUUAAGACUGUCAGAGCUAUACUUCGGCAGAUGCCGGAUGUAGACAUGGAGUGUUGUACGGACGAAUAUAUUACGCGCUUCCUGCUGGCCCGGAAGUAUCGUACCGAGCAGGCGGCGGCGCUGAUAGCCGCUUAUCAAGCGCAAGUAACGCAUCGCCAGGAUAUCUUCGGCAACCUCACCGCUCGGGAUCCCGCCUUGCAACGCGCGCUUCGCGCGGCUAUACCAGGUGUUCUGCCCGCACGAGAUAGGAAAGGCAGAUGCGUGCUGGUUAUUUUAGCAUCGCAAUGGGAUCCUAUAGCUGUGCCCGCAUUAUCUGUUCAACGAGCUAUCUUCUUAGUUCUGGAAAUACUUAUUCAGGAUCCUCGAAAUCAGCAAUCUGGUUUCGUUAUUGUGGUGGACUGGAGCGGAUUCUCGUUACGGCAGGGUAGCGCGCUGGGCGCAGCGGCUUUGCGAAACCUAAUAGCUGCUCUACGUGGGCGAUUUCCUGCCCGAUUCAAAGCGAUACACUUCCUUUCGGCGCCCCUGUACGUCCAGGCGACUCUGGCUCUGGUGAAGCCAUUUCUGGAUGAGAAGACGCGAAAUAAGAUCUAUCUGCACGGCAACAAUCUCAGCACGCUCCAUGAGCAUCUGCCAACGGACAUCUUGCCGGCGGAGCUCGGUGGAACGGGACCAGCUUUCAGCCCGGGAUUAUGGGCCGAGCCGGUCAUCCACUUGGCGAUGAAAGAAGCCGAGGUCGCCGCCGCCGCUAAAAAUAAAAAAGAGCAACUCGCCGACCAGAGUACGCGCCUACAAAAACCGAUCAAUGAAUCGAAAACCACAAACGGAAACCAUUUGAGGAGCGACGGCUCGACCGUCUUGACAAGUACGGAUAAAACGUUCUUGAACAAUCUCAGGAAGCUUUCUCUCGAAAAGGCGCAAAUAGAUGUAGAACUAAACGUGAUAAAUAAGCGAUCGGACGAACAAAGAAAAACGACGGAGCUUGCAAUGAAAAACUACGCGAAUAGUGCUGAAGAACGAUCGGAACUCAAACGAGACUGUAACGGAGACGAGAGACAUGAUUUCGAUGAGAGAACGGAUCAGUUCAGGAAUGACCUGGUGUUUCUUGACGCGGAAAUCAACUCGAACGAGUUUGAAAUGAUUCCCGACAGAUCGGGCAGCGAAAGCAGCAAGGAUAAUUUAUUGGAUAAUAGAUUAGAAGGGAAAGCCCUCAUCAUCACUGGAAACAGCGAGACAGCGUCGGAAAAAACAAAUCUCAUAACAUAAUGUUGAUCUCUUGUAUAUCCAGGUAUUGCUUAAUGAUAAGAUCGUUUCCUUUUUUUUAUAAAUAAUACGAAUCUGUAGAUAACGGUCUCGAAUAAUCUCGGGGUAGCGUAAUUUUAGCGGUAAUAACAUCGGAUUUCCUUAUCUACUAUUUCCUAGCAUGUAAUUUGGUGCGAUGCUUUUCUUGUUUUGCUGGAACAUCGAUAAAAUCUAUAAAAUUUUUAUACUGAUUUUGACACAUUAUUCAAAAUGAGUAUUAAUUAAGCGCUGUGAAAAAUCCUCUAGUAUUUUCUUGCAUUUUGAGAUCUUUUUUUUAUUUAAUAUUUAAAAAUAUUAAAUACAUUUUUUUUUAAAGUUAGACUGGAGAGUAAAAUAAGAAAAAGAAUGUUGUGAAAAAGAAGCUUGUUCAGCUUCCAAUUUACUAUGAUUCUUUCGUUAAACAUGUUUAAUUAUGGCAAUUGCUGAAACUGUGGAAUCUGUUUUACAAAUUAUAUAAAAAUAGACUUUAACAAUUUAAUUUGUAUCAGAGGGGCUACAACAUAAAAACAAUAGCUAUAUUUAUUCUCAACUAUUUCUACGUAUUUUGAGAUAUAAAAAUAAGGUGUGUUUCGAAAAUUAAUUAUUUUUUUAACUUGAUUGAAAAAUAGAUGAGAAUUUAAUAUAAUUUUAUGAUUUACAUGCAUGUCAUACAUAUUAACAUAUGUAAUUUCACAAUCUCAUUGAAAUCAUGCUUGAAAUUUAUCAGCAAAAUAAAUAUCUUUGAUACAA